GUCCGUUUGCCGCUUGUGGAAGUCUUGCUGCCAUACAUUAAGGCAACCGAGACUUAACGGACUGACAUAUCUUUAUAGGGGCGAAGGGCCUUUAAGCUUCACUAUGGCUGACUUGCUGUUUAACGUGCGAAACCUGUUCUACCUAGGAGCAUAUAACACGGUGAUCAACGAGGCCGCUGAUUUGGACAACCUCUCAGAUGCGGAGACGAUUGAACGGGACUGCUUUGUCUACCGCUCAUACAUUGCUCUUGGCAGCUUUGAUCUGGUGAUCAGCGAAAUUCGAGACUCAGCAGCAACAGGUCUAUUGGCAGUAAAGCUUCUGGCGCAAUACCUCUCAGGACGCAAGUCGAAGGAUGACGUCCUUGCCACUCUUCAAGACUGGCUCUCGGACUCAGCGUGCAACCGGAAUACGACCGUGUUGCUCGUGGCAGGCAUGAUCCACGCGCACGAGGGCAACUACCCUGAGGCGCUGAAGUGCUGCCAUGGCAGCAACUCUCUAGAGCUGCAAGCGCUGUGCGUCCAGGUAUACCUUAAGAUGGACCGGGCGGACAAGGCGGAGCAGCAGGUCAAGGCCAUGGCAGGCGUCGACGACGACGCAACCCUCACGCAGCUGGCCACUGCCUGGGUCGGCCAGGCGCUGGGUGGUGCGAAGGUGCAGGAGGCGUCCUACGUGUACCAGGAGCUGGGCGAGAAGUACAGCUACACGCCCUCGCUGUACAACGGCCGCGCGGUGUGCUACAUGAAGAUGGGCCGCUGGGAGGACGCGGACCGCGACCUGCAGGAGGCGUUCAGCCGCGACGCCAAGGACCCCGACACGCUGUCCAACCUCAUCACCGUGGGGCUGCACCUGGGCAAGAACGUGGCGCGCUACCAGAGCCAACUGAAGAUGAUGGCGCCCAGCCACCCCAACGUGAAGCGCCUGGAGGUUGCGGAGGAGGCGUUCGCACGGGCAGCUGCGUCCAUCGCGUAACCGCCUUGCAUGACAUUUUGCAGCGUCUGGCUCCUCGGCUCGUGCUGACAGAUGUGGUGUGCAUAUAAGUUUUUCUGAUUUUCAGGAUCUGGCGAGCGCAGAAGAGGGGUUCGUAGUGGGGUGACUUCAAACGGGGUGUUGUGGAAUCCUGGCCCGUGGGCCCUUUCCGAGCCCAUGCGUGACCUUUAGAUCUGGGCAGCAUCCAUAAUAAGUACCACUGCCUAGCUACUGUAUGUUACGGGGACGGGGUCCUGCUUAUCUUUUCCG